AUGAACGAAGACGCUCCAUUCUCGAAGAUAACCAACAAAAUAAUUCGUAUUUCGAUGGAUCCAACAGUCACCCCAGUAUUUCAGCCAUUACGGCGUAUCCCAAUGCCUCUGGAGGGAGCCGUCAAUGAAAAGCUUGAUGAGCUGCUCCGGAAAGACAUAAUCGAACCAAAAGAAGGCCCCGCUACCUGGGUACCGCCGUUGGUGGUUGCUAACACGACAAAUGGUUCUAUCCGACUAUGCGUUGAUUUACGCCGAGUUCAAACGGUUAUUCGUGAACGGCACCCCAUGCCUAUCAUUGAUGAUGUUCUGGCUAAAAUCGGAAAAGGAAAAGUUUGGAGCAUCCUGGAUGUUAAAGAUGCAUAUUUUCUGUUGGAAUUAGAGGAAGAAUCGCGUGACAUCGUUACCUUCAUAACACACAGCGGGCUGUAUCGCUUCAAGCGGCUACCGUUCGGGCUUGUAUCCGCUCCCGAGACAUUUCAGCGAACGAUGGACGAGAUCCUGGCUAAUUGCGAAGGCACAUAUUGGUACCUGGACGAUGUCGGGGUAGAAGGAAGUACUGUUGAAGAACAUGAUUGGAGGCUCAACAAGGUAUGUUAUGAUAAAUAA